AUGGGUUCUUGGGAAGAGCUAGCUAGACAAUUUUUGUUAGAGGAAGAAGAAGACGAUGAGGAGUUAUUCUUUAUUCUUCUCCCUGCUAUACUUCCAUUCCUCUCUGAAGAGAAAAGGUCUAUCCAUACCUCCUCUCUCUCUGGUGCCCAGAAGGUUAAGGAGAUUCUUGAAGGGCACGAGAGUUGGUGCAAGUCUGAGUUUCGAAUGGAGCCAGAAAUAUUUAAAGCCACAUCAAAUUUUCUUAGAAGAGAGGGUUUGUUACGUGACACACGAGGAGUUAACGUCGAAGAGCAGCUUGGGAUGUUCAUGUAUAUGAUCUCCCACAAUGCCAGUAACCAAAUGCUUCAAAAGGCUUUUCAACAUAGUGGAGAGACCAUCCAUCGAAAAAUAUCAGAAGUUUUUGAUAUAGUUCCCACUCUAACUCAGCGGUUCGUGAAGCUUCCCAAUUCUAUCCAGACACAUCCAAAAAUUAUAACAGAUUCUAGGUUCAUGCCCUUUUUUCAGAUAGCAGCAACAGCUGUUGAUUUUCACAACAUAAUUAGAGGGCAAAACGGUGAUGAAGGUUGGCUUGACCACCAACCAGAUCAUAUAUCUCCAAGCCAGUAUGUUGAAGUCCCAGAGGGAGACAACAACUACCCCAAUGAUAUGGACUCAAGUGAUGGAAGCAACCUGAGAGAUCAGAUUGCUCUCCAAAUGUGGGCUGCCUACAAUAGCUAG